AUGAGCAGCGAGCGCCAACACUUACUCUCGUCGCCCGCCAUGCACAAGUACCAUCUUGCGCCGCCGCUAUGGUUCGCCUUCAGCCUCAUCGGCGGCAUGAUCUACGGCUACAACGUCAGCAUUGCGCCGUCGCUGCCCUACAUCGCCGACAGCCUCAACCUCUCGACGUCGCAUCAAGAGAUGGCGAGUGCAUCCGCGACGCUGAGUGACGCGGCCGCCAUGCUGAUCGGCGGGCGGCUCGCCGACAGCUUUGGCCGGCGCAAGGUCGCCCUGCUCGCGUGCGCCAUGACGAUGCUUGGCGCCAUCGGGUCGGCUGCGUGGCACAGCAACUUUGGCGCGUUCCUCUUUUGGCGGCUGUGCACCGGCGUUGGCAACGGGCUCUCGAUCCUGAUUUUGCCCAUGUACAUUGCCGAGGGCACGGACACGGCGACGCGUGGCAUGGCCGUCGCCUUUUAUCAGCUCGGCGUGCUCUCGGGCACCGUGCUGCCGUACGUUGUGAUUUUGCUCUCGGAGAGCUGGCUCCUCACGAUGCUGCUGGGCUGUCUGCCUGCGGCCUGCAUUGCGACCAGCUUUCUCACAGGCCUCUUCAAGGAGAGCCAGGCGUGGCGCGGCUACAAGAACGACCUCGCCGCGACGACUGCGCUCGAGGCGCGAUUGGACGCCGACGAUGCGACGCCGCUGACGCCGGAUGUCGGGAGCCCGCACUCGGUGCGGGAGCUCUGGAUUGGUAUCCUCCUCGCGUACUCCAACAACUCGAUCGACGCGUCGCUUUUUACGGGCCGCAAAUUGUUCGUUGUCGCCAUGGUGUUCCUCGUCACCAAGUACUCGCGGCGCCAGAUCUACCUCGUGACCCACACGGUCGUCGUCGUCGCCUUCCUCGCGUGCUUUGUGCUCUUUGAAUUUGUGCCCGCGAUCGACACGCCGCACUCGGCGGCCUCGAACGUGCUCAUUCUAGCACUCGCGAUGCUCGUCGUCUUUCAAACGUGCGGCCCGGGCCUCCUCUUUGUCCUGAUUGUGUCCGAGAUGUUUGGCCACGGCGCAGUCCGCGCGCGCUACAUGAGCUACUGCACGUUUGCCAUGUCGGCGUUCUCGCUGCUCAUCAACGGCACCAUGCUCUCGCUCUUUGAGGGCAUUGGUGUCGGCGCGACCUUUGGUGGCUACGGCUUGACGUAUGCGAUCUGCUUGGUCGUCUUUUACAAGUGGCUGCCCGAGACUAAGACACGUGGCAUCAUGGAGCACCCGUAA